AUGGCGGCAUAUUUUAUCUAUAAUGGAGAUUGGAAGAGGGCAAAAGACUUAGCGGCACAGGCGGUGGAGAUAAGGAAAAGGGUGCUUGAAGCAGAGCAUCCUUCUACACUUAAUAGCAUUUCCGAUCUUGCAUUAACAUUUUCAGACCAAGGUCAAUGGAAAAAGGCGGAAGACCUACAGGUUCAGGUAAUGGAGAUGUAUAAGAGGGUGCUUGGAGCAGAGCAUCUGGAUACACUCACUAGCAUUGCCAAUCUUGUAAAGGAGAUAUAUAAGAGGGUGCUUGGAGCAGAGCAUCCGGAUACACUCACUAGCAUUGCCAAUCUUGCAUCAACAUACUGGAACCAAGGUCGAUGGAAAGAGGCAGANUGGAACCAAGGUCGAUGGAAAGAGGCAGAAGACCUACAGGCUCAGGUAAUGGAGAUAAGGAAGAGGGUGCUUGGAGCAGAGCAUCCGGAUACACUUAAUAGCAUCGCCAAUCUUGCAUCAACAUACCGGGACCAAGGUCAAUGGAAAGAGGCGGAAGACCUACAGGCUCAGGUAAUAGAGAUAUAUAAAAGGGUGCUUGGAGCAGAGCAUUCAGAUACACUCACUAGCAUUGCGGAAGACCUAGAGGUUCAAGUAAUGGAGAUAAGGAAGAGGGUGCUUGGAGCAGAGCAUCCGGAUACACUUAAUAGCAUCGCCAAUCUUGCAUCAACAUACCGGGACCAAGGUCGAUGGAAAGAGGCGGAAGACCUACAGGUUCAGGUAAUGGAGAUGUAUAAGAGGGUGCUUAGAGCAGAGCAUCCGGAUACACUCACUAGCAUUGCCAAUCUUGCAUCAACAUACUGGGACCAGGGUCGAUGGAAAGAGGCAGAAGACCUAGAGGUUCAGGUAAUGGAGAUAAGGAAGAGGAAGAGCUUAGACAGAUCAAGCGAUGCGAUGACCCUGAUGGAGAACUGCGCUUCUAUUAGAGGGCGAGUGCUAGGGCCAACCCAUCCAGAUACGCUCUAUUCCUUAUCGACUUUGGAUAAAUGGCGAGAGCUUGUAUAA